UGUGUACCUUCGAUGUGCGGCCCCCUGGAAGUCCCUGUAACCGGCAGUCCUCAACGGGACGAUUUCUGCAGGCCAUUAUUCACGCCCCCUUGGGAGCUGCGCAAACUUCGCAGCUGCGUUUGUAAGCGGCGCUACCUGCGUAACUCGUGGGGCGAGUGUAUUCCACGUGUGAAGUGCAUACCUUGCAAGUUUCGAUGGCAAAGAGAUUAUCGCAUGUGUGCACCCGGGUGUCCGGCAACCUGCAACAAACCGUUCAGCGCCUCAUGCAACCUACCGUGUAGUGCCGGAUGUGUCUGCCCGCCUGGCUGGGUGGUGCACCCAAAAAACUCGAAGAUGUGCAUCAAGGCCUACAUGUGUCUUCCAAAAUGUCCGCCAAACUCAAGUUUCCAGGCUUGCGUCUCGAGUUGUCUGCCUAAGUGCGGUCAAAAUCCGCCGAGGAAGUGCGACCUUAGUUGCGAAAGGGGAGCCUGCGUCUGUAAUAAGGGGUACAUUGAAUUAGAGCGAGAUGGAAAGAAGACGUGCGUGCUUAAGACACUGUGUUUAUGGCAUGCUCGGACGACACCUUUAUUUCAGCCUAACGCAACUACUUACACUGGCGGCACGGAGACGUCACCUACUACUACAAAUCUAGCUGGUGGAGCCACUACGCACACGGAGCAUGCGGAUUUGCCCAUUGCCCCAGUUCCCUCGAAUGAUGCACGAACACACUGGGAGGGUACGCCCUCAAGCGGUCAUCCGGGAUACAGUGGAGGGGCUUCGAGUGCAGGUACAGAAGGCGCACUUCCAGCAGUUACUGUACCAGAGCGUUUGGUUGGCAGUGAAGGUACGCGCUCAUUUGGCGGCGGAGGAAACAUCCCUGCUGGUACCGUCAACGGGUACAGGAGGCACAGCAGCAGCUACAGGAGGAGGGGUGGUUGUAUCCAGUGCAGUAGGUGCGGACUCUACUGGAAACGAAAUGUUUCUCUCGGACAGCGCAAGAACAAACUCACCCGGUGCAAUCCGAAGCGUUAGUCCAGCCGUCCUCGGAGCCACUGCAGGCAAAGUUGAAGCAGAUGCAGCGUCAGUAGUUCCCACUAUGGGUGGUGGGUAUGAUUUAGGAAGCGAAAGUACAAACAUUGGUGACCAUGGUAUAAUUACAGAGGGUACACCAGCAGGUGAUAAUGCUCCUA